AUGGCAGGAGUUAAGAUUAACUUUGAUGCAGCAGCUGAGCAAAGGAAUGGAAAGGGUGCUUCUGCUGUUAUCAUGUGCGACCACCUAGGAAGAGUUAUAGAUUGGAGAUGCAAGCUGUGGGACGCUAUUCAAGACCCUUUGUUACUAGAAAGCUUAGCAUGUAGGGAGGCUGUUCUUUUGGGUGUUUCAUCAGGUUUUACCAGAAUAGUUUUGGAGGGAGAUUCCUCAAUGGUGAUUGAUGGUUUGCGUAGCAGAGAGUCACCAAUUGCUAUACAAGGAGUCUUUCUUGAUGUUUUAGAGUUAACAACCAACUGUGAACAUAUAAUUUUUUCAGCUGUUAGAAGGACUGCAAACCAGGCUGCACAUGUUAUUGCUCAAAAAUGCCUUUAUGAUCUGGCAAUGGAUUCUCCAUAG